AUGGGAGCAGUUGAAUUAAAAUUUAGUGGAUCAUUUGAAAGAUCUAGUUAUUUAAAAGAUUGGCAAUGUUCUUACUGUGUCACUAAAAGCGAAAGUGCUUUGGUUGGUUCAGUUUAUGGA